AUGGUCAACAAUUUAUCUACAGUUUUUUGCAGGAAAAAUCAAGAGAAUUACGACGAUGCUGGUGGUUUUCUGGAUGAUGAUGAUGAAGAAGAAAUGAGGCGUGAAAAAAUCGCGGAAGCUCGACAACGAAAAGCUGAUGAAGCUGCUAAAAUUUCCGUUGCACGAGCUCCUGAUGGUUGCUCAACUUGUUGUAAGCCUCUCAUUGAUUCCUUUUUAUGGGAAAGAUUCAGCUAUCCCGUGUGUAAUUCAUGCAGGGAUGAUAAAGGAGCACAUAAACUGAUCGCUAGAACAGAAGCUAAACGAAUUUACAUGCUAAAAGAUUGUGAUAUAGAUUAUAAGAAGCCCAUUUUAAGAUAUAUUUCGAAGAAAAAUCCUCAUAACCCACGAUACGGUGAUAUGAAACUAUAUUUGAAAGCGCAGGCAAGUCUUGAAACGCGUUGUUUGGAAAUUUAUGGUUCAUGGGAAAAGCUCGAAGAAUUAAAAGAAUCACGAGUUAUUCAGAAGGAAGUUCGCUUAGAAAAAAGAUUUGAAAAGAAAAUUAAAGAUAUGCGGAAACAUGUUGGAUUUUUUUUUUCUUUGUCAUUUGAUAGAUUUCUUUAA